CGAGUGAAAAUAAGGUCCACAAUUUCAAUCAAAAAUGACCCACCGGUUAAUUACUCGCUCAUAUUGUGCUUUUUAAGGCCAGCAGAGGGAGCUCGUCGUCCACUGUGGAACACUAGUUUUGCUUUUCUUCUUCUUUCUCCAGGUGGCCGUGCGUGGUUGUUGGUAUAUCACGUUCCCAAACACCGCUGGCAGCAGACUGGGAGCAGAGGAAGGACCUCACUAAGCAGAGAAAAGAGUUUGGAGGAUCCAAACGUCAUCAGUUCUCCAUCAUGGACCUCCAAGAAGGAACUCAGGGACUCGCUGGUGGAUAUGUACAGAGUUAAUCCCAAAGUAAACGAGGAGCUGCGGCAACGUCUGCCUUUACCUUCCAGACAUCACCUUAGCAACACAAACAGAUCAGGAAGCAGCCUGAGCCUGGACCGCAGCUCACCUCAGGCCCCUUCCUGCCUUCCAGAGUUACCAGUCUGCUGCUGCUCUCCUGGCCCUGACCGGUCCCCUGCCUGGAGGACUGCCUCUCCUGUGUCGCCUCCAUCCAUCAGAAGCGCCUCAGCUGCGCUGUCUUCAAGCUUACCAGGAGGCAGAGGAGAGAUGGAGGUGGACAUCCUGCAGAGCGGUGAUCCUUUUCCUUGGGCAGAGAGCUCAGAGAACUGUUUAGAUGAAGAAGCAGCAUUAAGAGGUCCAAAGAGUCCAGUCUUGGAAAGAAACCUGGAGCCUCCUGGAAACAGCUCUCCUCAGAUCUCUGCCUCCAGUCCACAUCAGACUGUGGAUCCAACCCGAAACAUCUCGUUCUUACUGAAGGAGCUGGACGCCAUGAGGGAACUCAACAACAAGCUUCAAGUGCAGGUGGUUCAGAAGGAGAAGGAGCUGCUGCAGAGAGAGGUGGACGAAGAGCUGAAGGAGCAGCAGCGAGAGGCCCGACACUGGGAGAGACCCAUGGAGGUGCUGGAGGAGAUGUUGGCGGCUCAAAAGGACAGAGACCAGGCUCUGAUGUCACGACUGCUGCUGGCCAAUGAGGAGAGAGAUGAAGCUUUACUCCGCGCCCGCCGGCUGCAGGAGGCUGCUGGGUCGGAUGAUAUCAGCCUGCAGGACGUUGACAUGGACAUCAAAGAUCUCCUUCAGCAUGUCUGCAAAGCCGACUCGGUCCAGGAGGUGAGGCAGUUCGGCUCAGCUCUAGUUCAGCGCGUACGGCUAGCACAGCGGCGAAGGAGUGACAUCACUGCUCAGGAGAUGAAGGCCGUGAUGGAGGAGAGAGACAAAUCUGUAGACAAGUGUAAAUGGCUGAAGGAAGACCUGCUUCAGAGGGACAAGUCAUUCAGCCAGGAGGAGCUGCUGAGGCUGCAGAAGGAGAGAGACACAGCUCUGGACGACAAACAGAGGCUCCAGGCUCAGAUUCAGGCAUUACAAGCCGAUCACAGCUCUCAGGACCACGCCCCUCCAUCCCAGACGUCACUUCCUGCUGAGUCUUCUACAGACCAGAAGGACUUGUCCUCCCAGGUCCAGAAGGACUUGUCCUCCCAGGUCCAGUCUCUGGUGGUGCAGCUUCAGCGGCUGUCCAGGGAGAAGGAGGACACUGCUGCUGAGCUCCAGCGCAGCCGGGUGGCUGAGCAGGAAGCCAGCGAGAGAGUUUGCAGGUUGGAGCGUUUGGUGGAAGUGUUGAGGAAGAAAGUUGGAGCAGGAAGUCUGCGUGCUGUCGUCUGAUUCAUCAGAUCCUUUUUAUGUGACCAAACUGAUGGUUUGUUUGCUUUUUUUUUUUUCUUUUGUACUGUUGAAGCUUUUCUACUUUUUGUGAUUAAAACUUGGUCACGUGUGGAAGCAGCAGAAGAAAUUAAGCAACAUGUUUGUCUUUGUUUUCUUCACUUGUUUUACAUGUGAAAGUGUUCUCAGCUGGAAAACUGAGCACCUUUACUUUUUAUCCCACGUGUUUUUCUCUCCUUGACUGGAGGCAGAAAAUGAAAUAAAUGUGAUUAUGUCAUCAGAACUUGUUUGAUACUCAGAGAUGUGAGUUUUUUUUACUGCCAAGCCUGUUUGGGUGAUUCUAAAUAAAUUGUAAUAUACAAAAAAA